AUGGAGGGCCGGCGUGCGCGCCGCAGCUUGAAGCGGCUGGACUUUGUGCGCGCGUACAGCGAGUACUACUGGUCUAAGGCCAACAACCUCGUGGCCGCCGUGUACAGCAACUCGCGCGCACUGGUGCCGUCCGCGCUAAACUCCAGCAUCCGCGCCGUCGAGGACAAGGUCACCGAGCUUGGCACGCCGCUGCUGGCCGCCGUUCAGUCGCGCAGCGAGCAAGUCCUCACCUCCCUCGACCGCAAGGUGGACAGCGCCCUGUGCGCCGCGCAGAGCGUGCUGUACCCCAAGGGCCUCGACAACGUGGUCGCUGCCAGCCGUGCGCAGCACGCCGCCACUGUCGAAGCUGCCCACGAAGCUCGCGAUGCCUACCUGAAGAAGGUGGAGGAGGCGUUGGAGUUUCUGCGGGCAGCGGGCAUCUCCGGCGCGGCCAAGUACGCGGCUGGCACGGUGUGCUGCUGCGUGGACGAGGCCCAGAAGAUCCCGCCUGCCCUGGAGCGCGAGGCCGAGGCUGUGCUGCUCAAGGUCAGCGAGGCCUGGACCAAGCUCGUCUCCCUGCCGCCAGUGAACAAGCUGCUGGACACUGCCCAGCCGUCGGUGGAGUUCACUCGGCGCAAGUAUGUGGAGGCCCACGGCGCCAUCGUGGCAUCUGCCGCCUACACGCGCACCCUGGAGACCGCCGCCCAGGUGACGGAGUCGGUGGUGUACCGCUUCUCGGCAAGCAAGCUGUACCCGGUGAUCUCUUCGUAUGCGGACCCGGCGCUGGACCGCAUCACGCACUCGCCCUACUACUCGGCCGUCGUGGACCACCUCAAGCCCACCUGCGCCAAUUCACAGCUCUCCAAGUCUGCCUCCCUGGACAGCCUCCCCUGCAUCCAGUGCUGAGGCCUGCCAGCUGCCCUGCAGCUCGGCGCACCCGCUGCACAGGACUGUCUGAACGGCUUGCAUGCCUGCAUGCGCACAUGCCCACCGUGUACCGGAGAGAGGGGUCACUGGAGGGUGCUUGCGUGCUCAGCUGCCAUCUGGCAAGUGGCUCUGACGGUACCACAGCAGCUCGUGGAGGAGGGUUUUUUUUUCACGGCAGGCUCAGCCCCAAGCAUGAGUGUGAGAGAUGAGCGUGCAGAGCAGCCACAGCUUUGCCAUCUCCGCAGAGCAUCGCAUGUUCAGUCAGCAAAGGUCAGGGAAGGUGUUAGGCUGUGCAUGCCCUCGUAUGCAAGAGGCCCAAGCUGCAUUGCAAUACCCAGCGUCAGUGGCGCUGGCAACCCUGCAGUGGUCCACCCAGCUUUUGGGUGGCGAUCUGCGCGAGCAGGAUUUGUUUUGGAAGUACGCGGAGCAUCAAGAUGGUUUUGCGUGGAGAUUUGACAGCACUUUGUUGUGGAAGCAUCGGCGCUAAAGUGUACAUUGCCGAGAGACUGGCAGCGUUAAGCAGGACUGCGAAGACUAGUCAGCAUGUCACAUCGGACAAGGAAGUCACGCAGGAUUGGUUGGGAGC